UUCGUCUCUGCCAGUUCAGUUUAAUAUUCCCUCACGUUUCGUUUUGCUGGAGUAGAGUUUGCACGACAUUCUGGUCACGUCGCGCUCUGAUCUCGAGCACUCGAGCAAAGAUAAUUCGAUAAAGAAAAGAAGUACAGUAAAUAAAUAGCUAUAGAUCUUGCGGAGCGCAAUAAAGGGGCCAACCAAGAAGACGCGCAACUAGCGCAACAGCUCAAUCGGCGAAGAUUCAUCGCGCUUCUUCUUACGUCUUCUUCCUCUUCGACGCAUCGUCGUUCUCAGUAAGCGCGGCAAGCAAUACUCAACCUGGAAAGAUGGGAUUCUCUUAGCAUCGACUAAACCGUUCUCCCGUUUGCUAUCGAUAUUCAGUUGUUCGUUGAUUCUCUGACUAGAUCAAACUCAUCGGACUUAAUCUUCACUUUCAACCGCGUUGUUAAAUAACCGGUGAAAAUAACACGCUUGAAAAUUGUUUCCAGUGCGACGGCAGUGUCUUACGAUUCGUUCGCCGCGAUUGUCCAGCCCAGUUAUGUUCUCAAUCAAGUACAGCAAGCAAUUCCUGAGCUACCGUAUACUCAAGUCCAACCGGUUCAAAUAUAUCUGACGAUACGGACUCGGACUACGUAGUAAAGUGUGUGCGCAAGGUGGUGUGUGUGUAUUGUACUGCGGGCGACUUGUCGUACCUACGGUGCUCAGGAAGGCAGAGACGCGGGUGCCCCCGGCAAGACCUGGAAAGUCUUGUAUCAGAAUCCAAUGGCUGAAUCGAUUUGCACGGCGACGCGAGCUUGAGAAAGUACGUUGACGGCGACGACGGGACGGAAGACCGGCGGCGUCAUCGAAAGUCGCUAGUGAGGCGAAUCUUUCGAGGGCAAGGGGCAGAGAGCUUGGGAGAAAAAAAGAAAGAGAGAAAUCGUUGCAAAACAAACAGAGAAUUGGUAAUGAGGAUUUAAUGAUUCCAUCUUUGAUGAGGUUUUUAACCGGAAGUAAAGUAUUGAGCUUGUAAAGAAAGCGAUAUAGCGGCGAAAAUUGACAACGACGAAUUGUUUUAUCGACAAAAAAAGAUCUUGAGCAAGAAAAUUCAGAGUGACAAUCAAAACUAAAAUUUUGUCAAGCUGUGAGAAUUUUGUGGCAGUUAAUGAUUUUAUUAUUAGGAGGAUUUUCAAGUAGGAAAUUGAAUAUUAGUCAUUAGACGGACGAAAAAGUUCUGAGGAGUAGAUUUUCUUUGAGAGACAGAUUUAUCUAAAAUAACGACAUCGCUCGAAGAUAAUGCGCUUGUAUGCCAGCUCGUGAGAGAUCAUAAGAGCGAAGAUCGAGCGGCAGGAUCCGAGUCGAGUGAGCGGAAAGCGAAAUCACUCGGAAAUUCCUUCGAGAUCGACUUUUCACGGCAAUCAUACGUGUACAUUUACGUAUACAUUUGUGCGUACGCACGUAUGUGGUGCGCCCAUAAUCAGGCCUGCAUAAAACGCGAAUUAAACGGAGACACUAAUUAAAGAAACGAUCGAGUGGGAUCUGCACGUCUUUGGCGAAUCGGCGGAAUCGGUUUGAAGUCGCGGAGGCAAAAUUAAUAAAUAAUAAAAAAAAAACAAAAAUGAUCGUUUAUGUUCCGGGCAGAAUGCCAACUCACGUUGGUCCUUACGGCGCCGCUCGUUACCCGGGCACCCUGCUAGGAGCCGUCCCGGGUUUUUACAGCCCGGUUUCCGGCUACUCCACCAGCCCGAUCUCGAGCUACUACGGGAGCCUCCAGCAACCACCGCUGGACCUUCCGGUUUGGCCGCGGAGGAUGCCGGCCGAGGAGGAACUAGGGGCCUCGCCGGCCGCCGGCCCCAGGCUGGGGAUGUCUCCGGGCACCCUGGGCAAUCCCCCGAGUCCGGCGCACAGCGACUCGGAUGCGUCCAGCUCGAGCUUGGAACUAGGUACCAUCAGAACCGGUGAAAACGCCCAAUUAAAAUGCAGAUGGCAAGACUGUGGACGAUGGUUCACGUCCCUGGAGCAACUAGCAGGACACGUUGGGAGAUUGCACGCGGCACCUGGCCCGAGGGGUCUGUUUUACUGCGGAUGGGAGGGAUGUGCAAGAGGCGAGCGUGGGUUUAACGCGAGGUACAAGAUGCUGGUCCACGUACGGACACACACGAACGAGAAGCCGCACCAUUGCUUCCAAUGCGACAAGAGCUUCAGCAGAGCGGAGAACUUGAAGAUCCACGCGCGUUCCCACACCGGCGAACGUCCUUACGUCUGUCCCGUCGAGGGCUGCAAUAAGGCUUACUCGAACUCCUCGGACAGAUUCAAGCAUACCAGAACUCAUGCCGUGGAUAAGCCAUAUUACUGCAAAGUGCCCGGUUGUCCGAAGAGGUAUACCGAUCCAUCAUCCUUGAGAAAGCAUGUCAAGACCUACCGCCACUACGUGAACAACAACGACAAAGUCCAAGAGAAGAGCUUCGACGAUAACAACGUCCAGGAAAAAACGAGGUUCGAUGCCAAUUCGCCCGACAAACAGAGCAGCAGCGCGCACUCCGAGUCGGACAAGAAGGAUUCGAGUAUCGAGAGCAGCGUGUCGGGUUGCAGUCCAAAGGCCAGCAACAGCUUCGAGGAGCAGAGGAACUUCGUCGAGUGGAACAAUAUGUACAAUCUCCAGGAACAGCGAAAAGAGCAAGAACAAGUCACACCGCCGAAGCCAUACGAACAGGAUGUAAAGAUCUAUCCGAGGAUGUACGAUGACAAUUACAUCAUACCGGACAGGAUUCAAAUGAAUCCCAUGUACGCUUCCGGCAGCACCAUCAUUAAAGACUGCUCUGUCGCGUCGUCGCCUCAUACGAGUCCGGGUCGAGUGUCCGAUUCGAUGCCGCGUAUUGGGAUGCAGUCGACGCCCAUUAAGACAGAGGAGACCAUGGAGUACAACGUUACCAAGACCGCCACGGUGGAUUACAGGAACAUCGAAUCGAUUGUCAACAGUACGCCUUGCAAGAAGGAGAACACGGUCAGUUGCGAUCCAGUGAGGCAUUCGGUGAUCAAACGAGCAGAAGAUCUGAAGAUGGAGGUAGAGCAAACGCCGCUCAAGGAGGAAUUGAAGGACACCAGCGGCGACUGCUGCUGCCGGCACAAGUGUUGCGUGCACAGCAAUGACAGCAUCCUGCAGAAGACGAAGAUCCUCUCAGACCUCCUUCUUAAAACACAAAAUCCGCUCUUCCGGCAUCUAUUGGGUUCGGUGGACUUACAAUACGGAUUAGAGAACAUGUGGAGCAACAUCGUGGAUACUAAUAACACAUGCGGCCAAGACCUCAGAGUAAAGAACGAAAACGUCACCGAAAUGGAGCAAGACCUGCCAUUGGACUUGACGAUCAACAAGUAACAAGCAAUUGGCUGUCAACGUAAACCAAAAAACUCGUAGUCGUCAAUACAAAUUUUAUUUUCAUCACUUGCCAAAAUACGAAUUAAACGAAAUGCCAUAAAUUUUAGACGCAGUCAAUUAAUGAUAAUUAACUGACCAACAAAGAAUAUUAAUUUAUCAAUGAAAUGAAAAGUUUUGAUGACAUUGAAAACCAAAUAUAUUUUAAUAAAUUAUAAUAUGAAAAAAAGUAAUGAGAUGAAAGCAAUCCAAGAUUAGACAAAAAUUUGCUCAAUCCAUAACUAAAAAUAGUUGCACUAAUCGAAUCGUUCAGGGAUAAUCAAAUUCUAGCUUGCAAGUGCAACUCUACAACUUUAAUCAAUUACUUGGAGACGACGUUCCCGCUUUCGAAUUGGCUACUAAAAUUGGAUAAGUGGCUAGAUACAGUAAUGAAAGUUAAACUGGGAACUUGUUAUAAAGUUGUAAAUAUAUCUGAAAAAUAUACACAAAGAUGCAAAAUAUUUGACUCUUGACCAGUAAUUUAUCUAUUAGAAUUGAAAUUUAAGAGUUGUAGGCUUUUUUUUAAAUAUAAGAUGCUUAACAAUUCAGUACUCUAUGUAAACAAAACAUAUGUAUCAUAUGUAUAUAGAAAUUUAUAUGUAUGUAUAUGUAUGUGUGGCGAGUCAAUAAAUGAAGUAAUAUGGAGUAAAGUGCCCAGAGAACAAUAAAAGACGUCUUACAAGCAUCUAAAAGACAUCUUAAAAUUCUUGAAACAUAAAAUUGUCAAGAAUAUAACUUUAUAACAUCUUUAAAACAUUUUAUAUCUCCGUGACAGUUUUCGGAAUAUUAGUUUAAGAUGUCUUAUUUUCACUUUUAGAUAUAUCACGAAGUAAAUAUUACAGCAAUGCGGAAAUGCGUUAACAAAAAAAUAUGAAAGAAAAGUUAAUAUUACUUUAUAUGUAUAAUACAAAUAAUUUAAUAGUUACAUAAUUUUGUUAACAAUCUAUCUUUUAUUUUACAUAUGUAUGUACAUAUCUCGAUAGGUACAUUGUGCGAAUAUUGUAUAAUAAUAACAUCACAAAUUGACGAAAAUUUUGAGUAAUUGCACUAAGAUGAUACGUUAUAACGCAGCAGUUUUGUUAAAAUAAAGUCUCUAAAUAAUAUUCGUUAAAAAUCAGACAAAUCUAAAUUUGAGAAAUAAAUACUUUCCAAUUAUUUCAAAAACCGUUUGGUUCUUUAUUUAAAAUGUUACCAUGCUGAAGGUGUAAUAUUUCGUACUGGCAAUAUUUCGACAUUAUAAUUUAGUAAUAAUUGUUUAUUUUUAUAAGUAUGUAUUUGGAUUAAUUAUGUUUCCAAAUGUUUUACACAUAACAUAGCUACAAAUGUUUUUCUUAAUAAAUUAAACAAUUUUUUUCCAAAUUUAAUUUUGUAAAUAUAUCACUAAAAUGAUUCACCACAUUAUCGUAGUUUUGCCGAAAUAUUAUUUCAAAGUUAAUUGAGCAAACGAUUAUCAUUAUUUUAUAAAAAGUCAAUAUUUCUACAUCUAUUUUUGUAAAUGUAUUUACAUAAUUACUGAUUAUAAUUUUUAUGUCAGAUUUCGUUAUAUAAUUUAAUAAAUGUUCUAUCGGGGUAUGUAUGUAUAUAAUGUAUGCAUACAUAUAUGUAAUAUAUAAAUUAUAACUUUUGUAUUUAGUAUAAUAUACAUGUCUAAAAAUAUAUGUAUAUUAUAAUAACUACGACUAUAAUAGAUAUAAUAGAUACAGGCUAGUUUUUGUCGUUAGCAAAAUUAUGUAAAUAUUAAAUCAUUGAUAUGUUAAUUUAUCAAUUAUUUCAAUUUUUUUAUGUUUUUAUAAUACAUUUCCAAACUUCGUUCUAAUUGUAUCGUUAUAACCCCAAGUAAUUCAAAAUAUUAAAAUGCCAAAUUUUAAUUGAAAGUUAACAUUUUUAUAAGCUAUAUUAUAUUAUUAUAUUCAGAUUGGCCAUGUCAUAAUUUUAAUUAAUAAACUUUACAAUUGAUAAUGUAAAUAGUUGUAAAUGCUCCAAAAAGGUUCGUAUAAAAAACAUAAUAUUCAGACGUCUUCUCAGAAAGUCGUAAAGACAUCUUUGAAACGUCUUUUAAACACAUGUGUUGUCUGAGGUGCCUUUCUCUACUAGCAUGUUUAAGAAUGUGAAUUAAAUAAAAAGACAUUAUUUA